AUGGGGAGGGAAACCUUCAUCCUCAGCCCCAGCCUGGGAGGAGCCUCGUGGGCCAAAGUCGGCGAGGCCUGGGCCGCAUUGAGCGGGGAGUCCCGGCUUCCUGCUCCUUUCCAGCAGGCCCAGGAAGCCCUCGGAGCCCCUGUUGGGUGGUCGGCAGGGCCCCUCCUCCAGGGCUCUCUCCUCCCUGAUGCCUCCCUGACUGAGCGGCUGGCUGGGGAGCCCAGACCCAGGCACAGGGAGGCCCCAGGGAGGGGGAUGACCUUGUCUCAAUGCAUCUGGAGUCUCCCUUUCGGGGGGCCGCAGUGCAGGGGUCCCAGGCCCUCGUGCUGCAGAGACAGGGCGCUCCCAACAGAGGCAGGACCAGCCCCAGGCUUCCAGGCCGCGGGCCUCUGGGGGAGCUUUCUUGGGCUGCACUCCAAAGCCGCGGUUUCAGGCAGCUUCUGGAGCCCCCGGAGCCAGCGCCUGGGGUCCCCCUGGCUUCCUGCCGCAGCAGAGUGCGCACUUGAUGCUAGGAGCACUUGCUCUCGGUCUCGGGCCGUGCCGCUCCGUCACGGGGCCGUCCGUGCUUUCUUCUUCCACUGCAGGCUGAUGGGCAGCAUGGCCCUCUCCAACCACUACCGCUCAGAGGACCUGCUGGACAUCGACACGGCCGCUGGAGGAUUCCUGCAGAGGCAGGGCCUGAGGCAGUGUCUCCCCCUCACUUUCUGCAUACACACUGGUUUGAGUCAAUAUAUGGCCCUGGAGAGUGUCGAAGGCCGCAAUAAAUACGAGAUCUUCUAUCAGUGUCCGGACCAGAUGGCUCGGAAUCCAUCAGCAAUUGAUAUGUUUAUUACAGGUGCUUCCUACUCCGAAUGGUUUACCUCUUACGUGCACAACGUUGUCACAGGGGGCUACCCCAUCAUCCGAGACCAGAUCUUCAGAUAUGUUCACGAUAAGGGGUGUGUGGCGACCACUGGAGACAUCACAGUGUCCGUGUCUACAUCCUUCCUGCCAGAGCUCAGUUCUGUCCAUCCACCUCACUACUUCUUUACUUACCGAAUCAGGAUUGAGAUGUCUAAGGAUGCCCUCCCAGAGAAGACUUGUCAGUUAGACAGCAGAUACUGGAGAAUCACCAAUGCCAAGGGUGAAAUCGAAGAAGUCCAGGGGCCUGGUGUUGUGGGAGAAUUUCCCAUCCUCAGCCCAGGCCGGGUAUAUGAGUAUACCAGCUGUACCACGUUCUCUACCACGUCAGGGUACAUGGAAGGACAUUAUACCUUCCACCUCCUUUACUACAAGGACAGAAUAUUCAACGUGGCCAUUCCCAGGUUUCAUAUGGUGUGUCCCACAUUCAAGGUCUCCACCACCCCAAGGGAAACACACAAUGAGUGUGCCGUGAUCGAGGAAGACGAGGAGUCCACGGAUUCUGAGAACUUUGAGGACCAGCCCCGGCUCCUGGACUUCUCUCCCCCCACGGGCCACUGUCCUCGGCACACCUGAGCGCCCAGGCUCUUCUGGAGAGUGUAAAUACGGGCUGUUCCGGCAUGUCUCCGGGCAGCGGACAGAGCGGCCCAGCUCUGGGGUCCACCAGACACUUUAUCUUAGCAGUUGGUUUGGGUUGUUUGUGUUCUCUGUAUGACAGAGGAGGGGAAGGGAGGGAGGAAGGGAAGGCCAGGCCUCUUUCCUUUCCUCUUCCUCAUGUCAGAUGGGAAAUUGUUCUCCAGCUGAGGGGCCGAUAGUUCUGCCUUGUUGAAAGCAUUUUGUCCUUGUAAUAGUUACAGAAGCUGGCUGUGUGGGGGCAGCGGAUGGUAGGGAGGGUGGCUUUCCACCACCGUCCCUGCCCAUGGAGCAGCAGCAGUCAGGAUAGGGGAGACGCUAGGCUUGAGCAGCCUACCAGCUUCCUUUGGUCCUUGGGUUAUCCUUUCCUGCCAUUGUAAGUCGUCUUUGGAGGAACUGAACUACUUGCAAGUAGCCUUGGUAGCCAGGGAAUCCAUCCGAGAGCACCCUGUCCAUCCAUUUUAUACCUACUGGAGACACCCAAGACCUGUCGUGGUUGAUGUCAGUGACCGGCAACUAAAAAUGGUCUUUUUCUCCUUGAAGACAGACAAUCCAUCCUUGAAUUUAUUUUAGAUUAAAAAAAUCUUUUAACAUA